AUGGCUGAAGUUGGAGUUCUUCGAAGCUGCGUUUUUAAUGCUUUGGUUUUAUUGUUUAUUUUAUCAUUUUUAAACGGAAGUUGUUCAAAAUACUGCCCAAAAGUGAUUGAUAGCCCUAACAGUAACAACAGCACUAUCACUGACAGUAUCAGUAGCUCAGUUAGGAGAAAUUCUGUGGAAAAUGAAGAUUAUCUUCCUUCAUUAUAUCGUUGCCCAUUGUCUACUGACCCAGAAUAUUACACAGAAUGUUGUGACAGUAUUGAGAAAAUUUGUUGUCCUUUAACCAGACAGUUUUAUGAGAUUGAAAAUUGGCUAGCCAUUGUGAUAGCAGUGAGUGUAAGUUUGAUUUGUUUGACAUUGGCUGCUGUAGUCGUUAUUUGUUGUUUCUCAUCACAUUGCCCAUUGUACAACAUUUGUCGACGACAGUAUACUGCUGAGAUACCUGUAUAUGAUAAGGAAGAAGACAACUUUUCUAGUGCUACAAUGCCGAAGGAAUCAACGGGUAAAUCUAGACCAGGAUUUCUGGGUGUAGUACAUUGCCAGGAGAACAAUUCCUCUUGUGAGCCUGCCAUUGUGUAGUGGCCUUCUGGAAACUAUCUUAAAAUGCUGUCGGUAUCUAACAGUGUUCACCACUACAUGCUCAUAGCCAGAAAGGUCAUUGAUCUCUUCUUUCAAGAUUAAAUCUCUAGCUUAUGUCUGAAUUUUGGGCUUCACUGUCAUUGUACUGCUGUUUUAAUAAACCAUUAAUGGCAUUGUUGGGACCAUAGUGAUUACAUCAAUUUGGAAAAAUGAAUAUUUUAGAAGUGGUCUGUCUAUUAUCUACAGCCAUACACUUUUAUAUGCUCUUUUUAAAUGUAUGAUUAUUUGCUUUCAACAAUUGUAUCUGAGCCAUUUUUAGGGAUCCUGAAAGCUUUAAUAGUGCUGUUUUCACUGUUUUUUAUUUUUUUUAAGUAUUGUGAGAUAUAUUUUAAAUAUAAUUGUGUCAACUAUAACUAAAGAUCUUGAUCUAAAGAAAACUAUAAAUUGAGAAAUCUUAUUUCUGACAAAAUAUACCAUAAUAUUUACUCCUCUGAAUUAUUUAUUUGGAUUUGGGACAAGAUGAUUGUUACUAUUUUGAAGGCAAACCCAAUUUGAUUUAGUUCACAAAACAUUUUUUUGAAAUUAGUGUGAUUGAUGAAAACAAGAUCUAAUUUUUUCACUUCCAUUCGUAUUUACAUUUUGCACGGUGUUAACUUAUUAUACAAAGUGAAUUUACACUUGCUAAAAUAACCUGAAAUGAUUACACCAGUAGCUUUUUAUAUUAUCCAAUUUGCUUCAAAAUUGUGACAUUAUUUUCUGUUUGCAUAUUGAUAAUAUGAAUAUUAAAGUGAAAGUUCUGUUAAAAUAACUUACGUUACUCUUAAGUAAGUGUUGACAGUACCAAUGAAUCCUUUGUUUAUAUUACGGGUAGACUGAUGUAAAUUAGAAUUUAUCUUUUAAUAAUUAUCAUGUAUUGCAAGGAAACCAUGUUUUGGUUUUCAAGCAAAUAGGUUUACAGGUCAUUUACAAUUAUCAGUAUUUUCAUGGGUGUACAAAUAAUGUGACUUUAUGACUACCAUUUUGGAUAUGUAAGAAACGUGUGUUGGCUCAUAUGGAAUCCUUCCCGAUUAAAUUUGAGCAAGGUUACUAUUUAUUGUUCAUGAAACUUAUGAAUGCUGAAUUAUUUUUAGAAACCUGUAAUCUAACAUAAAUGAUGCAUGUAACUCCCUGCAAUCUUUCACAGUAAUUUAUAGAUUUUCACACCAUCCAGAAGAGCUGCAAGCUCACCAAAAUCUUAUACAUAGGUCGCAAAAUUUUUGACUUUUUACUUUCUGCUAAUUGUAGAGAUCUUUGGUUUACCACACUGUGUAUGAGUGCUUGAACUUUGUAGAUAUAAUAUGUAAUAGGGUUUCUCUUCAGAAGUUGCAGUUUCAAUUUAUUAAUAAUGUUUUUCAGCAAUUUGUUUUUUUGGAUAUAGUGAUCUGACCUCCAUUUUUGUCAUAUACUUUGUAUGUCUGUAAAAAAAGGCUGAUAAUUCUGAAUGACCCCAUAAUUAAGAAAAGAAUAAAAAAAUUCACUAAACAAUUAAUACCAUGUUAUGCCAAUAUGGAAAAAUUGUGAUUAAUGUGUAAAUGAAGCAGUUUUCUUUUAUUUUUUGCCAGUAUUUUGAACCAAUAAGUUGUCCUCAGGUACUUUACAUAACAAAUUUUUAUCUAAAGCUGUUAUGGUGCUUUUUUUUUGUCUUGUUUCACAUUUUUUAGUUAAAUGUUUGUUUUGAAAACUUAUACAAUGAAAGGAGCUAUUUUGAUCUCUAAAGAUUUUUUUAUAUACUUUUUAUUUGACAAGUAUUAUCAAUAUUGCUAAAUUUGUACUUUAUAUAUAUAUAUAUGUGUGUGUGUGUAUUUAUAUCUGUGUUUUAUUAUAUGUGUUUUACAUGUACCUUAUAUGUGGAUGUUUUAGGAAAUUUCUAGUCAUAUAAUGUAAGCUGGUCUAACAAGUUUUAGUCUUUCUGAAUUGGAUAUUAAACAGCUUGCAGCUUAUUUAUUUUUGUUAUUUAAACAUAGAUGUGAUUGAUUGUAAAAAAAAGUGAGUUGUUUAAGUGAAUUUGUCUCAAAAGAAGAUAGAAAAUAUCAGUUUUUUAACUUUAAAACUUUGCCUUUUCUUUAUUUGCUAGUGGAAUAUGUUUACUAUAUUGAUAGAAAUAUCUUUAUAAAGAAGUCAUUUUUCUAGUCCUUCUAAACCAAUUUGUUUCAGAACUCCUGCUGUUCAUUUUGCAAAAAAUACAAAUCACUACAAAAUGGUUUUAGAUUUUACCUGAUUGUACCACUGUAGCCUAUUUUCAUAACACUUCUUUACAUAUAUAAUGUAGUAUAUUUCAAAAAUAUGCAAGGUACUAGUAUUUAACCCAAGUAAAAAAAUAUUCUCUUUACAUCAUAUGAAUUGUAUGUUGCAGUGUGUAAUAAACUUAUAAUUUUGUAUAACUCAAAAAUAUAUUAAUUUAAUGCAUGACAUAUAUAUAUAUAUAUAUAUAUAUAUAGUUUUGUAUUCAGUUUGUUAAAAACUUUGUAUUUCUAUAAAAGAAAUCUGUGAUAAGCUCAACUUCCUUAGUUAAACUUAGUCAUAUAUGAAAAUAUAAAUAUUUAGUAUUUUCAUCCUUUGAAUGAUCAAAGUCAAAUCCAGGUUUGUUUGUUUAUUUUUUGCAUGAGAAGACUUCAGUAAAAGCACAAAGUUUGUUAAAAAAUAACCACUAUAUUCUGAAUAAACUUGUACCAAAUGCUAGUUUGCCCUGAAACAUUAAUCACUUUGUUGUUAAUGUCAAGUUUUUACUGAUGAUAAAAAAUAUCCACUUGGACAGAUAUGAAGUAUGUUUUUCAAAAACUUUCCAAUUUCAGAUAAAUGUACAAUAUCAACUAAUUUGGAUGUAUAGCCAAUUAUAUCCUGGAGGUUUUAGAAAGAAGUAAAAAUCAAGUGAAACUAAAGAGUUACAGAUUGUUAUUCAUUUGUAAAAAUUAACUUACAGUUGAUGUUUGGUUAAUUUUUUUGCUAUUAUUGAUAAGACUCUCAUGAUCAGUAAACCUGUCAAUACCAUUAUAUCUUGGUAGAUAACCAUAGUCACCCAAACAGUUUUGAAAUAUGGCAUAAAGCCACUUGAGUCUGAAAUUAUGGGUCUUAAGAAACAGAAAAAAA